CUUACUUGCUUUCUUUCCUUUCAUUUUGGUUUGUCAUCCAAACAAAGCAUAAGACAACACCCAAAAUCAGUCAAUUUCACGUACAACACGCCGCACAAGAUCAUUUCUCUUCAAUUUCUAUUAUCUUGGCUCCAAAUUAUCUUCAAAACGCGCUUCACUGAAAAGCUCUUCCUCUGCUGUUUCACAGUUUGUAUGGAUUUUGUAGAAGUGGACCCGGACAAGGGAAAUGAGCCUGACCAUAGUUGUCUAGAAGAGAGUACAAAUAUAUUUGAUGGAGUUGAAGUUCAAGAGCCAUAUGUGGGCAUGGAAUUUGAUUCUGAAGAAGCUGCCAGGACAUUUUAUGUUGGAUAUGCUAGACGGGUAGGAUUUGCUGUCCGUGUUAUGCAACGUCGACGUUCUGGAAUUGAUGGCAGGACUCUUGCUCGUCGACUUGGAUGUAACAAACAAGGAUUCUCGCCCAAUAACAAGGGAACAUUGGGGAAAGAUAAAAGACCAAGGCCUAGUGCCCGAGAAGGUUGCAAUGCAACAAUUUUAGUUAAGAUGGAAAAAUCUGGAAAAUGGGUUGUCACAAGAUUUAUAAAGGAUCACAACCAUCCUCUAAUUUCUACAGCUAAUGGUUUCAGCACAGAGGACGAUAAAGAUAAGAAAAUUGCAGAACUUACUAUGGAGUUGGAGCACCAAGAUGAACUAUGUGCUGCAUAUAGAGGAAAAUUACUCAACUUCAUAAACAAUGUUGAGGAACAAACAGAAGAAAUGUCCACAAGAAUUCAACUCAUUAUCACAAAUAUAAAGAGAGCUGAAUCUGAAAUGCAAAUAUGUUCACAGAACAGAUUGCCUUAGAACUGUACUUGAGUGUACAAAUGAAUGAAUAUAGUAUAUGCUAUAAGUUCACUAGUUAUAGUACUCCAUUACAUUGGAAUUUGUUCUUUGCAUAUUUGCAGUAGCUUAAAGUAGAAGGCAUCUGUUUAUACAUGAAUUAUUUUAGGAAAUGAAACCAUAGGGUAUCAAGUUUUGUAAAACAUAAAUGGGUGAUAAAUCAUGAACAAUCAUAUGACAUAUAAGUGAUAAAUCAUAACCAAAUCAUGUCAUCAUAUA